AUGACGAAAUUCAUCAAGAAACUCCGUUCGAGGUUCAUGACACCAGCAGCACUACGAGGAGAAGUCCAUGACAUCCCCUACAAGGACCCACUGAGAAAAACUCAAUGUGGGUUUCACCACCAGAGUACGCUCAACAGGCUCCUCGAGGCUGGCGAGGUCACACCACAGAAAGCUCAACAGUUCCAGCAGGCAGCACUGGCCUUCUUGGUCGGAGCUGUGGAGUACGCCAUGGAUAAACUCCCGUUGAAAGAUGCUCUCCUGAAGCAUGCAAGAUUUAUUGAUGUGCAGCUGAGAGCUGAGUGUGGGCUUGAAGAUGGCCCAUACUUUGUAGACAGAUUUCAGGAACUCCUUCCUUUUCAUGACCCAAAGGAACAGCACCAAGUAAGUGAGGAGUUUAUGGAGUACCAAGUCAUGGACAUUCCCAUGCCCCAGGACCCAACGGUCUUUGAUGUUGAUGUUGAGUUUUGGGGAAGAGUGUCCUCAACAAAGAACAAGGUGACUGGCUUGAACCAAUUCAGGAGGCUAUCAAAGAUAGCAGCCUUGGUUUUAGUGCUUCCACAUUCUAAUGCUGAUGCCGAGAUGGUCGGUUUGAACAAAACCUCAACACGAAACAGCUUGUCUCUGGACGGGACAUUGUCCUCAAUCAUGACCCUUAAAAUGGCUGGGCUUGAGCCAAACUGUUUCAAAUGGGAGCCAACACCACAAAUGAUAAAGGAGUCCAAAAAGGAUUCCAGCCAGAGGACAGCUGCUGUAGCUGCUGGUGAUGAUGCUGCUGCCACCCCGACUGCCGCCCCCACCACCGCUAAUGCCGCCCCCACCACCGCUAAUGCCGCCCCCACCCCCGCUAAUGCUGCCCCCACCACCGCUAAUGCCGCCCCCACCCCCGCUAAUGCUGCCGCCGCUGGUGGUGAUGUCUCUCCUAUGGAGGUGGAUCCUCCAGAGACUAUUCACAGCCAGGAUUCCAGCCAGAGGACAGCUGCUGUAGCUGCUGGUGAUGAUGCUGCUGCCACCCCGACUGCCGCCCCCACCCCCGCUAAUGCCGCCCCCCCUACCGCUAAUUCUGCCACCGCUGGUGGUGAUGGUGAUGUCUCUCCUAUGGAGGUGGACCCUCCAGAGCCUAUUCACAGCCAGGACCAGGACCAGGGGGAUCCGAUGGACUGGGAAUGAGACUCUGAGUUCACCCUCAGCCAGGUUUGGAUGAUGGAGGAGACCGUAGAGCGAGACCCAUUAGGCUGCACUCAGCGACCUGCCUCCGCCACUGUGAGGCCAUGGUUGAUGACAUGGUCUAUAAUUGUGGCCCGAAUUUCAUCCGGGACAGCGUGGUGUCUUCGUGCUCCUAGGCCUCUUCUCCUUAUUCCACCACCACGCACCCUUACUCCUCCUCCUCUUCAUCGAGCAGGCAGUUGCCCUUGUUCAUUUACUUGGCCAGGUGCCUCCAUGUUGAGAAAUUGUACUGGUCCUGCAUGGUCAAGCUCUGUAUAUACAUGUUUGACAGCAUUCACAAUCAUGGACAGCACCUGUCAGGUAACUAAACAUACUGUUUGAUUGGUCAUCUGAGAUGUGUGAAGCUCCUCCUUCGUUAGUCAAGUUCUAGUUUCACCUGACUGUCAAUUGCUGUAGUCAAUUUAUCAAAUGUUCCAAGAGAUUCAUAUAUGGUAUUCAUGGUAUUAUGUUCUUGACUAAUUUUGACAAUUGAACAGACUAUUGUGCAUGUGAUGACUUAUACAAGGAAAUGACGCUGACACGUUUUGGAGAGAACAACCAUUAGGCUGAGAAUCAACAAUCAGUUUAGAUCAACAAGAUCUAGUCACUGGGAAAUUGUGCUAAAUGUAGGCUACCUGUACUUAAUCAUUUGCAAAGAUGUACUGAGACAUUUGCAAUUUGAUGAAGUGAAUGAGAAAUUCAAUUCUGUUCUGAACAAUUAGCCAAAAAAGUCUCAGAAGAGAAUUUAGUGAUGAAGUAGCAGACGUACAAUGUAUACAAUUUCUGAGAUCUGCCCUACCUAGAUUGUAAAGAGUGUGGGUGUGUCUGUCUCUCUCUGUGUGUGUGUCUGUCUCUCUGUGUGUGUGUGUGUGUGUGUGUGUGC